AUGUCUACAGCAGUGGAGAGUAUACUUAGAUCUGCAUACAUUUUUACUUCUGGUGUAACCCAAGGAUGUGUUUUAAGAAUAAGAUUUUGGUUAUUAAGUGAAGCAACAUGUAAGAAAAUGAUUAUGAGGAAUAUGAUUCGUUUUAGUGCAGUUCUUUCACAAAAGAUUAAUCACAAAGCAAAGAAUAUAUAA